AUGGAGUGCGAGUCUGCGAGGUCGAGCACUGCGAAGAAUCAGUCCGAAUGGUACCAGAAGUGUCCCAGAAGGACGCGGACGUCUCGCGCAGCCGUCGCGAGCGGACAGGUCUCCCGCGCGGGCGCUCCCAUCGACUGUCAAGCGUCUCCCGGGAGCGCGGUGCGGCGGUCCGUCCCGGCUGCAAAUCUCGCGCAGAGCGUAUGA